UCGUCAUUCAUAUUGUUGCCUAGACAACAACCGUUCAAUCACAACAAAUUUUACCUAGUCCAACGCGUCACGUCACUUUACCUUCAGUUCGUAUUCGUACUUUAUACUAUACUUUACCAAUCUUGCAACAAAUAGUUCUUUUCAAACGGCACACAAUGCCGGAACUCUCCGACGACAUGUACUGCUCUCAGCAGAUCAUGGUUCCGCCCAUGUUUCCGUACAUAUUACGCCAGUAUGCUAAAGCAGCCAUUCGAUCACAACCAACAGAUUUACUCAGAUGGUCCACGGCGUAUUUCCGCUGUUUAUCUCUCAAUCUUCCACCUCCGGUGAAACCCCGCUUGGAAUACCCUCUGCCCAAAGACUACGACGGCAUAACCCCUGGCUGGUUGAAAGCCUUGCUCUAUCAACUCGCAAACAACACGCAUAUUGAUUUCAAAGUGUUGUGGGAUCGAUGGAUCGGCGCGUGUCAGAACCACCUCACCCUUAUUAAAAUUCUAUGCCUUGGUGGGUUCAGCGACCCAUUAGCCAUACCAUUACUACGGUUUAUUGGUCUCUGCGUUGGUUUUCUCAGCGAGAAUCUGACUCAAACUAUGAUAUUAUUCUGUGAAGUUGUCACUGAAGAACCCGAAGGUGGUUCGGCAAUGAUCUCAGUCGAGACCUUCAUCGACAUUUACACAUUCCUUGCAAAUAUCGACGCGUCCAAAGGUCAAGUCCUUUUAAAUCAAUAUUUCCCUGAUGAAUUACUCGCUCUGCUCGAGAAAAAAGAACAACAGAAGGAAAAGGUCGACGUGGAGGAUGAGAAAAAAGAGCAGGUAGAGAAAGAAGUAAGCAGUGUGUCUGAAAUCGUCGAAGAAGAAGACAAAGUCGAAGAGGUCAAAUUAGAUAUAUUAUCCUGUCCUGACUUAAUCGAUGAGUUAGCCGCGCAGGCGUCAAGUGAAGACAGUGAUAUCCUUGAUCAAGGAAGCAAAUCUACUCUAGUAGAUGAUAAAGAAAGAGUAGCAACAGCCAGAGCUACAUCACACGAUGAAGACAAAAUCGAAACGAUUAAAAAACACGAGGUACGCAUACACUCAGCCCAGAUGGGUGAAGGUGGUGAAGAAUUCGAAAGAUAUUCUGAGAUACUCGGUGAGGAACCUAUAUCUGAUGCCAGUGCAUUAAUUCAGACACUAGCGAAAGACAACGCUAUGAAAGAUGAGAAAAUCACUGAAAUUGACGAAGAAUCAGAAACAGCUGCAAUAACUGAAGAUCCAGUUGCUGAGAAUGAGCAGGAUCAAGAAGAUCAACCAUCUGUUUCGUCUGUGUUUGCUUCCACUGAGGUACAUCAAGAUAAACGUGUUUCUUUACCUCCAGAAACGCCAUCUGUGUCUACUUCUGUUAAUGUAUCUACUACACUAUCAGAAAAAAUAGACAAACGUGAAGAUGGCGACGUGGUGGAACCUGAGGAAGGUCCGGAAUUUGAUAAAUAUCUACAAUCACAGAGUGAUAUCAUUGAUGAAAUGAGCGCUGCUUCACAAACCUCCGAAAUGCGUACAGAAGUUGUCAAAGCACCCGCUGAACAACUGGGUGAAUACAGCAUAGCAGAACCAGAAGUUGGUGAAGAACAAGAGUUGGUGGUUGAAGGGAAGUUUACUGUUGAUGAGAUAUUCGUCGAGGCUAUUCCUGGCAUAGGUCCGGUUGUACCGAGUGAUUUGGUCGAGGUGGUUGUUGAGUAUAUGAAAGCAUGCGCAGCGGAACAACAAGGCAUGGUGAUGCCACGCAAUAUUCGUCAUUACAGCUGCCCACCGCUUGAGGUUUAUGUCUAAACUAUAAUAAAUCAUUGUUUCUUUGGCA